GGCGACUCGAUCAGGAUGAGAGACGAAGAGCCGCAAAAGAACGCCACACGGCAGCCGGGCGCCAGAAAUCAAACAUGGAGGACAUGUGGUCAAUCACUCAGGGCGGAGCCAUCGUCUCCGCCGCCGCCACGCCAUUGACAUGAAGAGCAUGUCAAUCUGAAAACAACACGCCAACGAAGGAUGAGAGUGAGGAGGAGGAGAGGGGAGGAGGAGGAGUAGAGGGGAGGAGGAGGAGAGGAGGAGGAGAAAGAGAAGGAGGAGAGGAGGAGGAGGAGAGGAGGAGGAGAGAAUGAGGAGAGGAGGAGGAGAGGGGAGGAGAAGGAGAGGGGAGGAGGAGGAGGAGGAGAGGGGAGGAGGAGGAGGAGAGGAGGAGAGGGGAGGAGGAGGAGGAGAGGAGGAGGAGAGGAGAAGGGAGGAGAGGAGGAGGAGAGGAGGAGGAGGAGAGGAGGAGGAGGAGAGGAGGAGGAGAAGGAGGAGGAGGAGAGGUGGAGGAGAGGGGAGGAGGAGAGGAGGAGGAGGAGAGGAGGAGGAGGAGGAGAGGGGAGGAGGAGGAGGAGGAGGAGAGGAGGAGAGGGGAGGAGGAGAGGAGGAGGAGGAGGAGGAGAGGGGAGGAGGAGGAGAGGAGGAGGAGGAGAGGAGGAGAGGGGAGGAGGAGGGGGAGGAGAGGGGAGGAGGAGGAGGAGAGGGGAGGAGAGGAGAGGAGAGGAGAGGAGGAGGAGGAGAAGGAGGAGAGGAGGAGGAGGAGAGGAGGAGAGGGGAGGAGGAGAGGAGGAGGAGGAGGAGGAGGAGAGGGGAGGAGAGGAGGAGGAGAGGGGAGGAGGAGGAGGAGAGGAGGAGGAGGAGGAGAGGGAGGAGGAGGAGGAGAGGGGAGGAGGAGGAGGAGGAGGAGAGGAGGAGAGGAGGAGGAGGAGGAGAGGGAGGAGGAGGAGGAGAGGGGAGGAGAGGAGAGGGGAGGAGAGGAGGGGGGAGGAGAGGAGGAGGAGGAGGAGGAGAGGGAGGAGGAGGAGGAGAGGGAGGAGGAGGAGGAGAGGAGGAGGAGAAGGAGAGGGGAGGAGUGAAGGAUGAGAGUGUGGACUCCUCUGUCUGAGAAACAGGCAUGCAGAGGAGGAGGAGGAGAGGAGGAGGGAAGGAGGAGGAGUUUAACCUGAGGGAGGUUUACUGUGGUCCCCGCCUCCUUCUCCUCUCUCCUGCUCAGAUUCUGGUUUCCUGGUUCUCGGGGGGGCGUCUCCUCCUGGAACAUCAGAGUCUUUAGUUUGUACAGGAGGGGAGGAGACCUGAGAAAACUGCGUCUGUUAGGCUCCGCCCACCUUCACUGAGGUUCUCUUUUACCACGCCCUCUGGAACAACACGCUAACACACACACAGAACCGACCCCCCAGGUCCGUUUGGACCUCAGUUCUGAACCCCAGAGGAUGGUAGGGGAAGGUCCCGCCUCCUUGGCCUCUGAUUGGCUAGAAGUGCUGAGCUCUGAUUGGUUAUUCCUGAUGGCCGUGAAACAUCAUCGUCUGUCGGGUUAGGAGGUUCAGAGCCGAUGAUGACGUUUCACAGCCAAUCAGAGGCCAAGGAGGCGUGGACAGGCCCCUCCCUCUACCCCCCCUCCAGUGUGCGGCGUUCGGCCCGCGGUCUCACCUGUGUGGCUAAAGACAGAGUGGGCGGGCCCUGCAGCUGACGCCCUCUCUACGGCGCUGAUGUGAGAGGCGGAGACUGUUCGGGGUGCGGACCAGCCCUGGCCGCUGCGGCCCCCCCUCACAGUCUCACCCCUCCUCGUGUCCACGCCCUCCUGAUGCUUCUGCCCGGCGCCGCCCGCCGCAGAGGGGGCUGUGCGACUGUGGGCGGGGCUCCUGCGUCCCAGGCCAGGAGCUGGAGCCGUGGUGGCGGCUGUCGGGGCGGAGGGGGCGGUCUGGAUCACCUGGUCCAGGGUGGGGCUCUUCCUAAGAGGGUCCAGGCUGGGGCUGCUGCGCCCUGAGGAGAGAGAGAGCGAGGUCAGAGGUCAGAGGUCACGGUCGGGUUGAUUUGGGGGGGGGGGUUAUGUCGAGUAAACCGCUGAAGACCAGUGACCUCAGGAGACAGGAAACAGUCCAAAUAUGGUCGUCUGAGGAGCAGGAGACUGAGACACUCACGUGGUUCUGGAUCUGGAUUUCUGAUUUUCAUGUGAGCUCAUAGAACCUGAAUCAACACUGAAGGUCCAGAACCAGCACCUGGGACCACCACCUGGACCUUCAGGCUCUGAGGGGGCCGGACCGACCGAAGAGGACCCGAGUGUUGUUGCUGUUCUGGGGGGUUCUGAAACCCUGACCCGCUGGACUCAAUGGUAAAGACCUACAGCUACACACCACGUAACCAUGGUAACCUGACCGGACUCAUGUGGAGAAGGAGAGGCGGCGGCCUCCACGGUCUGAGGUCACGUCGGCGCCAUGACUCACCCCCCCCCCUCAGUUUCUCUGGCAUGACUGACGUGGUCCAGGAGCCACAGAGAGACCCAGAACCUUUGGAUUCAUGAAACUAACAGACCCACAGAACCAGACCCACAGAACCAGAACCACAGACAGGUGGACUUACCGACACCGACCGGUCCAAACUGGGGGGACACCAGGGGACUGGCGCUGAACUGGUUAUAGGCGGGAACUGGAGCCCGGUUAAAGAGACCGUAGGAUCCAGCAGACUGGAACGGAGUCGGAACCGACCCGGCAGAAGACGAGGAGGUGGAGCUCAUGGACGACUGAGGAGGAGGAGGAGAGAGAGGAGGAGGAGGAGAGAGGGGGAGAGAGGGAGAGAGAAGGAGGAAGAGAGGAGGAGAGAGGGAGAGGAGGAGGAGGAGGAGAGAGAGGGAGAGAGAGAGAGGGAGAGAAGGAGGAGGAGAGAGGAGAGAGUGAGAGAAGGAGGAGAGAGAGAGGAGGAGGAGAGAGGGAGAGAGGGAGAGAGGGAGGAGGAGAGAGGAGGAGGAGAGAGAAGGAGGAGGAGAGAGGAGGAGGAGGAAGAGAGGGAGAGAAGGAGGAGGAGAGAGGAGGAGGAGAGAGGAGGAGAGAGGGAGAGGAGGAGGAGGAGGAGGAGAGAGGGAGAGAAGGAGGAGAGAGGGAGAGAAGGAGGAGGAAAAAGGAGAGAGGGAGAGAAGGAGGAGGAGGAGAGAGGGAGAGGAGAGAGGGAGAGAAGGAGGAGGAGAAAGGAGAGAGGGAGAGAGGAGGAGAAAGGAGAGAGGGAGAGAGGAGGAGGAGAGAGGAGGAGGAGGAGAGAGAGAAGAGGAGAAAGGAGAGAGGGAGAGAAGGAGGAGGAGAGAGGAGGAGGAGGAGAGAGGGAGAGAAGGAGGAGGAGAGAGGGAAGAGGAGAAAGGAGAGAGGGAGAGAAGGAGGAGGAGAGAGGAGGAGGAGAAAGGAGAAAGAGGAGGAGGAGAGAGAGAGGAGAGAGGGAAAGAAGGAGGAGGAGAGAGGAGAGAGGGAAAGAAGGAGGAGGAGAGAGGAGGAGGAGAGAGGAGAAAGAGGAGUAGUAUCAGUGUGAUUCAGUCUCUUUGAACAGCGGUGACGUGUCUCACCUGGAUCAGGUGGUUACCUGGACGAUGGCGGGGUCCUGAGGCAGAGAGCAGGUGGGUUUUGGCGGCUCGCACACCGUCAGGUCCUUGAUGUCACUUCCUCUGAAGAUGAUGUACUCAAAGGUGUCAUCUCGGGGGGGGAUGGGUCGGUCAGUGGGCCGGUCCUCGGUGCCGAAGGAGCGGACUGAGGGAGGAGACAGAUGACGGUCAGAACCAAGACAGAACCAGAACCAACACCAACACUCAGUACAGGUCAGAACCAGAACCAACACUUGUUCGAGGUGUGGACCCUAACUUAGUUCAGUCAGGAGAACUUUAGGGGAACUCUGAGAACUGAUCCAAUACUGUGUCUUAAAUAAGGAACUUUAUUUUGAAAGGAUCAUCGUGAUCUCGGACCACUCUGGUCUGUCAACAAAAUAAAACAUGAACUUUAAAGGGUCUUUUAUUCAUCGUUCAGUUUUCUGUUAAUUAGUUCAGAUUUAAUUAGAUUUUUGACCUCAUUUAACUAAACUUGUAACAUCAUUAAUAUUUGUCUUAAAGUUAUAAACUCUGGAAGUUUCAUGGUGAUAUCUGUUUGUUAAAAAUUUACCCUGUUUACCUGGGGGUCUUCCUACCAUCAUGGACGCCAUCUUGAAAAUGGCGCCUUUCUCGUGGUCAAACUUUGUUAAACUUUGAGUUUGUCAUUAAGAAGGUCUAAAACUAUAAAAACAGCUGAGAGAAUUUAGUUUAAAGUUUUUAAGGUCGUAUUUGGACCUAAACUAAACUCUGUCAGACUGUUUAUGAAGUUUUCAAACACCUGUCAAUCAAACUGAGCUCAGCCAAUCAGAAAACAGCUUCAGUGAUUGUUUCUGACAUAAGCCCCGCCUCUCACUCUGUGAAGAGCCAAUCAGAGUUGAGUAUUUUGGGGCAGUAAUGGUUAGACCAAUCAGCGGGGCCGGGGUCCCCCUCCCGCCCCCCUGUGGACGCGCCUCUGCUGACUCAUGAUCCGAACCUUUAACUUUUUAAUCUGGGCCGACAGAAACUCAGGAACCCGUCCUAAGUGGUUUUGGACCCGGUGCCUGAGUCCCUCUGUUGUAAAGAGUACAGAACCUCCUGCUGAAGGUUCUGAUGAGUCCUGGCAGAAGUUCUGGGUCAGACCCGCUCUCAGUACCGGGUCAGAAACCCGCACGGCUUUAGAGAACCUUUAAACCCGGACUUUAGAGGGACAGACUGCGCAGCCGCAGAGCCGCCGUACAAAGAUAAAGUGUCCCGGUCCGGUCCGGCCCGGUUCGCUCGGUACCUUUAGCCAGAGCCACGGUGGAGUUCUCGGUGUCGAUGGUGUACAGGAUCCCCUCGUACCGGAUCUCGGCCUUCGAGAUCAGGCUGAUCUUACUGCCCAGGUACGGAGUCCCGCCGCCGCUCAUGGUUCCGUCUGGGUCCCUGAGUCCGGACUACUGGGGGCUGAGUGGACGGUCCCUCCGAACCGAAUCGGGUCUGUUUGAAGUGGGUCUAAAGUGAUCCGGUCUGAGCUGCUCCUCGAACCCGCUCUGCUCUGAGCUACAACAACAUGGCUGCUACCUCCACCUCCAUCAGAGGGCUGUGAGCGCGGGGGCUAACGGGAACUCACGUUCUCGCGAGAGUACGAGCAGCCAACACAUCUAGAGCUGUGUCAACUAGAUGAGCGAACAGUAUCCGGGCUCUAGAUCUGAGGAGGUUCGAUGGAGAGAAAUUAGACUGUCAAGAACAACAACAACAAACAAAAACAACAAAAACAACAACAACAAACAAAAACAACAACAACAAACAAAAACAACAAAAACAACAACAACAAACAAAAACAACAAUAACAUAAAUAACAAAAACAAUAACAAUAAUAGCAACAACAACGAUAACAACAACAACAACAACCUGAACUUUACCAAAUUCAGCCUUAUAGAAUGAAUAAAGUACACUGGUUCUGGUUCUGGUUCUGGUUCUGGUUCUUCACUCAUUAUUCUGGUCAUUAUUGUUGACCUUUAUGUAAACGCUCUUUUUCUUCUUUACUGUGAAUCAAGUUUGAAAUGGUUUUACUUUAACACAGUUUUAGAGUCUGUGAAGGGUCGUUCGGGGGUCAGACAUUUAUUUACAAAACAACAUUUUUCUUCUCUGUAAAGUGAGUUUAGUCUUUAGUCGUCAGUUUGAUUAGAAAUAAAUAUCAUUUGAAAUUAGUUUUAUCAUCAAUCGUUGUAUCUCUGAGCUCCAACAGGAGGUCAUCAACCUCAAAGUCCACCGUUUAAUCCUGGAGGACUAAUAAAGUCCUCAUCGUAGUUCAGAGGGAGCAGAGAGAGUAAAGGAGUCUGAGGAGAGGAUCAGAGUUUCUGUUUCAUAAAUACAGAUCUGUGGAUGUUCUUUUGACUCCCUGUCGCCCUCUUCUGGCUGUUUUUCUCCUCUAACUUUAGCUGCUGUAAAAACGUUUCAGAGAUUUUUGUUUCACUUUUUUUUCUCAGAUCUCUUCAUCAAGAUCAGUCCUGAUACAAAACACUGAAUUUUUCAACUUGGCCCAAACAAACCCGGGGUAAGUUGACCGUAGGAGACCCUGUUUUUGUCCUGCUCUCUUCUGAAGAUGACAGUUCUGUUUACACUCAGUCUGUUGGUUUACAGGGAUGAACAACAUCCUGAAAUAUCUGCAGAGACACGAGUUAGAGACUAAACUAGGACUGACUUGAUGGACUGAUCCGGAAACAUGGAUCAUCCUAACCCGGUCUCCCCUACUGUGAAUGCAUGACACAAUCAUAACGACUAAAAACACAAAGAAUGAAGAAGUCCUCUCUGUGGAGCAGAUUUACAAAAACAUGAAUCUGAUUUAAAGGUUCUUACAGCUACAACGUCAGUCAGCUCCACAUACUGAGAACAAUCGACGAUAUAAGAGAGGAAAACAGUCUGAUGGUGAGUGUGACUGUGGAGGAUAAGAGGAGGACAGAAGGACACUGACAGGAGCAGAAGAAGAAGGACCAGGAUGGAGCUGAAUAUGAGGAACCAGAGUCAGAAGAUCUACUCCAGAGUUUGAUGGAAUAUCUGAAAAAGUACAGGGUUAAUGGAGAGGAUCUGAUUUAUUUAUUUAGUCUGUCCAGAACUCCGGUCCAGCAGGGGGCGGUAAUACACCUCCAAGUUGGUUUUCUAACCGCCAGUAACCUCCAUUAAAGAAGAAGAAGAAGUCAGCUCUAUCUGUUCUAGUUCUAUGCUCGAAAACAACACGGAUCCUCCGCGCAUGCGUACAUUCUAAAAUACGAUUUGCACAACGGUCCAGCAUCAAAGAUGGCGGGAGCCUCCGACCCACUGGAGGACAUGCUCUUCACGGAGGUGGACGAGAAAGCCGUCAGCGACCUGGUGGGCUCCCUGGAGUCCCAACUGGGGGACCCAAAGACUCCCGGGGCCUCUUAUUCCGACGGGAAACGGGACCCAGCUCCCCCCCCGGUCUCUCAGUUCUCAGGGAAAGUCCGGGAUCCAGUGGGGUCUCUGGAUCAGCCGCAACAAGGGCAUCCAAAACCGGGGUUAAACCAGGACCCCGGAGCUCCGGAGACCCUCUCCGGGAAGACCCUCACCUCCUCUACCUCCUCUGGGGCCCCCGGGGCCCCGAUCCCCGCCGGACCCGCUCCUCUCUCCUCAGUCGGACCUUCUCCCACCGUCCCCCCCGCAGCACCGGGACCCGGAACUUUGAGCACCCAGUCCGGGGCUGCAGGCUUCCCCCGGGCUGCGGUCCUGGGUCCGAGCGCGGCUCCCAGCCCCGCGGGGGAGCCGAACCGGACCUCCUCCCCCGGGUCUCAAAGUUUGAACGGAACCCCCGGAACCGGGAAGUUGAUAAACUCGCCCGCUGCCCCCCCACAGACCGGGACCGGGUCUGUUAUCAGCACCGUGAGUCCCGGGGGGUCCACCAUCAUCGCCACCAUGGCCCCCCAGCCCGGAUUCACCGGACCCCAGACCUCAGCCCUGCAGAGACACCCCAGCCCGGUGGCCCAGAACGGAGUGGACCCUAAAGGACCCGGUCUGGUGGUCCAGGGCGCCCCCUCAGCCCCCUCCUCUCAGGUCCUGAACCACAGCACCCCCCCUCUGAUCCACACCAAGAUGCUGCUGCCCAGCCAGCCGGUCUCUGCGGGGUCCGUCAUCCUGACCAGCACCCCCCCUCCCCCGGCUGCAGUCCAGUCCCCCAUCAGUCAGACCCAGACCGGGACCAGUCCGGCUGCAGGGGCGGUGAAGCCCGCCGUGAACGGGGUUCCUCAGCCCACCGUGGCGCUGGUCAGACCGCCGGGCGCCCCCGUCGUGGCCACCUCCAUCCAGCAGCAGAGACCCGGGCUGGUGGCGGCGGCGCCCACCAGAGCGGCGGCCCCUCAGCCCACGCUGGCGGUCCGGCCUCAGCAGCAGACCACCAUCCAGCUCCCCCCCGGGUUCACCAUGCCGCCAGGUAAGACCCGAGUCCACCUGGGAGUCCACCUCAGACCCGAGUCCACCUCAGACCUGAGUCCACCUCAGACCAGGCCGGGCGAGAAAAAGUUUAUCAGGAUAUUUUUUUAUCUUAUCAGUCGAUAUUGAUAAAUAUAUGGAUAAGUAUAUUGAUAAAUAUAUUGAUAAAUAUAUUGAUAAUUAUAUUGAUAAGUAUCAGGAUAUUUAAAGAUGUAACGUGUUUAUUGGUCACAUGACUUUUUUAAAGGUCUCUUCCUGUGAGGCGUUACGUUAAAGACUCCGGACUAACGGUCGCCCGUUUUCCUAACGCCAGUGUUGUGGUUGACAUUGAUGUGGUCAUCUGUUGAGCCUUCAUGGUCAUUUCUGUCGGGGGUAGCACUCAUUUUCUUUGUUUCUCACCAACAGUGCUGUCGGCUUCACCUGUUAAAGUGCUAUGGUUGGGUGGAGCUGCUGUGAUACUUUGAUACUUGGUUCUAAUUCAGAACAUGAUUGGUUCAGACCCGGAGAAACUCCCCUUUUCAUUGGCUGUUCGUAUAGUCAUAUUGAUCAUGUUCUAUAUUGAUAUUAAGGGAAAUGAUCGAUUGAUCAUCCAGCCCAGACCUGGUCAGCUUUAACAGUCACACCUGAGAGGGAGCUGUGACAUCACUUCCUGUAGAGCUCAACCUAAGAGCGACAGGAAGUGAUGUCACAGCUUUGUAAUGUUUUUCUCUGAGGCGCUGACUCGUGACUGAGCACGUCGCGGCGUCUCUCUGGGCGCCAACGUCUGACUGUCGUCCGUCUGAGGAGACUGAGGGACGUUUCCGAAUUCUCAAACUUUACGAGCAGAACGAAGUGAUUCACCUAAAACACAGUACUCAGUACAUACUUCAUACUGAGUACUGAGUACUGUGUUCUAUAGUAGUACUCAGUACACACUUCAUACUUCAUACUGUGUUCUAUAGUAGUACUCAGUACACACUUCAUACUUCAUACUGUGUUCUAUAGUAGUACUCAGUACAUACUUCAUACUGAGUACUGUGUUCUAUAGUAGUACUCAGUACAUACUUCAUACUGAGUACUGUGUUCUAUAGUAGUACUCAGUACAUACUUCAUACUGAGUACUGUGUUCUAUAGUAGUACUCAGUACAUACUUCAUACUGAGUACUGUGUUCUAUAGUAGUACUCAGUACAUACUUCAUACUGAGUACUGUGUUCUAUAGUAGUACUCAGUACAUACUUCAUACUGAGUACUGUGUUCUAUAGUAGUACUCAGUACAUACUUCAUACUGAGUACUGUGUUCUAUAGUAGUACUCAGUACAUACUUCAUACUGAGUACUGUGUUCUAUAGUAGUACUCAGUACAUACUUCAUAUUUAGUCCAAAACCAUCAGAACGUGUUCCGUCUCUGCAGCGACUCGUCGAUGAUCCGUCGUCGUUUGAUUCUCAUCACGGCGCCGUAAAUCCAGCAGAGUUCUGUGGUCAGUGAUGUCGUCCUCGUUUCAGUCCUCUCUAACCGUGUUACCUGAUGGCGUCUGCGUGGCGUGGUCGUAUUUGUCCCUUUGAUUACUCCAGUAAAAACCCUCGAAUCCAAACUCCUGUCUCCUGUUUACUCGCCUUUCUGCGUUAAAGCUUUAGACCCCUCUAAUGUCAGCUGACUGUCCAGCUGUGUGAUGGAAACAUGGCUGAUGGCGUGCGCUGUGUGUGGUCAACAUCAGGCGUACCGUACAGAAUAAAGGAGAAGAAGAAGACAGGCUGUUAGGAGGACAAAUCUGAUAGCUGUCCUCUUAGAAAAUGAACGCUUCGCUCAAAAGUUUCGCCGCUCUCCGUUAUCCCGCCGUCUGCCCAGGUGCUUUGCACUGUGGGUAACGAAGCGAAGCAGACUGGUCCGAUACUGUGAAAUUUUCCUGAAUCAGCACGUCAUCCGGGUGUUUUUGACAAACUGCAAAUUUCACGUUUGUUCACCGACUGCAGACUGGAGACGGAAUUUUAGGCCAAUCAGUACGACCUGCGAGGAUAGGAGGAGGAGUCGAAAACGGCCUCUGUGUUCUCAUAUUUGUAUCAAACCAGGUCCAUGUUGGACUCACACUGUGUUCUCAUAUUUGUGUCAAACCGGGCCCUUGUUGGACUCACACUGAGUUCUCAUAUUUGUGUUAAACCGGGCCCUUGUUGGACUCACACUGAGUUCUCAUAUUUGUGUUAAACUGGGACCUCGUUGGACUCUCAGGUGUGUGUGUUUGUUCUGAUCCUUGUCUCCUCCCCCAGGUGUGGUUCUGGUCCGUACUGAGACGGGUCAGCUGGUGAUGGUUCCUCAGCAGGUUCUGGCUCAGGCUCAGGCGAAGACACAGCAGGGCCAGACGGUCGCCAACAUGACCCAGAGACCGGCCACGCCCACCGCCAGCGCCACCAUCCGAGUGUCUACGGCGUCCACGGUGAGUGUGAUCCCAGGGGGGUCUUUGUGGGGCUGAAGGAAGUCCUCCUGUCCCUCAUGUUGUUAAUGAGCUUCCUCAGAGUCCAGAACCUCUUACCAGAAAGCCUGACGGACGGGUUCACAUGUGGGUCCAUUUUUCAAACUAAAAAAGUUUCCUGGACUCACCUUCAGAAUAAAAGCAUCAUGUAAACAGAGCAGGCUUUUAUUUUGAAGUUUUCAGGAAGUUCAUCCGUAGUUGUUUGGUGGAUCAGCUGAUCAGGUCUCACCUGUGAACCUCAAACUGAAUCCUGUGUGACGAUUUUUACCACAAUAUCAACAGUGAAACAUGACUGCAGUUAGUCCUCUAGAGUCUGUUAUCAGGGCCGUAUCCAUGGCAACAGUCGGUUCUUUCCAGCAACAGUGUGCUGUUAAAGAAUAACAGACCGUCGCCAUGGAACCCAGGCUGUUUUAUCUUAGCUAAAAUAACCGUUUACGUCCUUCUUGUUUGUGUGUCUUCCUCUUGGUUCUGGUCUAACCUCACCCCCCCUCCCCGGUCUCUUCAGGCUCCUCAGACUGUCCGCCUGGCCACCCCCACUCAGACCAGAAUGGUUCAGGCUCCCUCCACCUCCACAGUACAGGUGUGUGUGUGUGUGUGUGUGUGUGUCUGAUCAGCUGAUUCUCCUGAUGGAGAGGAGCGGUCCAUCCUGGUCCAAAUGAACUCAGAGUAAACGGUUCCUCAGGGUCUGAAGGUGACGUGAUGUUCAGAGAAUCAGAACUUCAACAUGAGCUCAGACCACAAAGACGUGGACGUUUACAGGGUUUCUGCUGAGUCGGAAAAAGUCUGAGAACAUCUUAAAUCCGAUCAUUUCAAUUUAAGGCCUUCAAAUGUCUAAAAGUCUCUUAAAACCUCAUAAAAUCUCUUAAACACAAUUUUGAAAGGUCUUAAAAAUGUAUUGAUGUCACUCACAAAUAGAGAUUUAUUCACAGUCAUGGGAAAUGUUCUUUGUACUUUUUUUCAAGUAUGGAUGUAAAAUGGUUCUUAAAUUCUUUUCAUUAUGAUCUUAAAAAAGUCUUUAAAAGUCUGAAACUGAAACUGAGUGAAAUCCACUCAGGAACUUUAUUCUGAAACUGUUGAACUGUUUCAGGGUUCGACAGUGCGACCAUUUCACUCUCAUUUACGACUAAAAAUAGAUGUGUGCGAAUUGUCAAACGUAUUUAGGGUAUUUACAUGUGCGAAUAAAAAAAAUCAACAAAUGUUUAUUUUCCUGUAAAUACGGCGGUGAAGUUAGUUUCAGGUUGGAUAUAUUUUCCUGUAAAUACGGCGGUGAAGUUAGUUUUAGGUUGGAUAUAUUUUCCUGUAAAUACGGCGGUGAAGUUAGUUUCAGGUUGGAUAUAUUUUCCUGUAAAUACGGCGGUGAAGUUAGUUUCAGGUUGGAUAUAUUUUCCUGUAAAUACGGCGGUGAAGUUAGUUUUAGGUUGGAUAUAUUUUCCUGUAAAUACGGCGGUGAAGUUAGUUUUAGGUUGGAUAUAUUUUCCUGUAAAUACGGCGGUGAAGUUAGUUUCAGGUUGGAUAUAUUUUCCUGUAAACACGGCGGUGAAGUUAGUUUCAGGUUGGAUAUAUUUUCCUGUAAAUACGGCGGUGAAGUUAGUUUUAGGUUGGAUAUAUUUUCCUGUAAAUACGGCGGUGAAGUUAGUUUCAGGUUGGAUAUAUUUUCCUGUAAAUACGGCGGUGAAGUUAGUUUCAGGUUGGAUAUAUUUUCCUGUAAAUACGGCGGUGAAGUUAGUUUCAGGUUGGAUAUAUUUUCCUGUAAAUACGGCGGUGAAGUUAGUUUCAGGUUGGAUAUAUUUUCCUGAAAAUACGGCGGUGAAGUUAGUUUUAGGUUGGAUAUAUUUUCCUGUAAAUACGGCGGUGAAGUUAGUUUUAGGUUGGAUAUAUUUUCCUGUAAAUACGGCGGUGAAGUUAGUUUCAGGUUGGAUAUAUUUUCCUGUAAACACGGCGGUGAAGUUAGUUUCAGGUUGGAUAUAUUUUCCUGUAAAUACGGCGGUGAAGUUAGUUUUAGGUUGGAUAUAUUUUCCUGUAAAUACGGUGGUGAAGUUAGUUUUAGGUUGGAUAUCUGACGGACAUUCUCUGAGUCAAGUCAAGUCAAGUCAAGUUUAUUUGUAUAGCACAUUUCAGCAGCAGGGCAAUUCAAGGUGCUUUACAUGAAACAAGCAGGCAAAACAUUCAACACAAUUUAAAAAGUAAAAACAGCGUAAAAGACAUUUAACAGAUUAAAAGUUACAUUCAAAGCUAAAAUAAGAUUGGAGAUACCGGUGUCUUCUCUCUCUCCAUAACCGGGAAUAACAACAGCAGCGCGGUUAAAUCUACUCGACACCCUCACUGUCAACGUCGGUGUUGAAUAAGGGACCGUCAAUAAAUUACCGGCUGAUGUUCUCAGAAAAGGCUGUUUUCCUUCAAUAGCUUCACUGUCAUGUGACCAAAAGACCUAAAAUUGAUUUCUAAUAAUAGUACUAAGGUCGAUCAAUAAGACAAACAUUAUUGAUCAGUUUUCAUUGAUCCCCUAAAGUUCUUAGUUACGGUCGAUCCCUGUGUUAGCUCACGCGGUCUCUCACUGAGUCCUUCACCUCCUCUGUCCUUCCUUCGUACAGACUCCGCCUCUCUGCUUCUUUGAAUGAUAUUAUUGGCCGUCGAUGAUGAAGUCCACUCACUGUUAAAGCCUCCUUUGAUUGGGCGUGAGCGUGCUGCAUGCUGAUUGGCCCAGUGGCACCAAUGAGUAAAAUUUUUAGGCGUCAAAAUUUAGUCAAAAAAGUCGAACAUCCUGAAAACCCGAUUCAGCCUGUGGAGUAAAGGUCCAGAGUCUCUGACAGACCUGAAACAGAAGCUGGUCCGGACCGCAGAGACCCGGUGGUCCUGUGAACCCGAACCAUCGUAAUGAUGACCUCAUUGUUUCAUGUUUCUGUGUUUGACGUUUGGCGGUUUCUCUCCUUGACGCUGUUUGGCGUUUCCCAGAAGGCCAUCACGGUGGCUCCGGGUGCAGCAGCAGUGUCUGUGAGUAUGACCCCUACUCAGAAGACCCAGACCGUGAUAACAGCAGGAGGGACGCCUGUGGCGAAACCCGCCGGUGUCCCCACCACUCCCCUGACCAGCCCGACGCCAGCUGCCGCCACCACGCCCGCUAACAGAGUCACGGUGGUGUCACAGGUAGGGUCAAAGUUGAAUUUCCCGUCAUCAUCAGCUAACAUGAAACAUGAACGCCACCGACUCAUCCUGCUGCGUUCUACUCCCACAGGAAAUGCAAGAAAACGUGAAAAAAUGCAAGAACUUCCUCGCCACGCUCAUCAAGCUGGCGUCCCACAACUCCCCGUCUCCAGAAACCUCCAAGAAUGUGAAGGCCCUGGUCCAGGACCUGCUGGUGAGCCACGUCAUCAAUCCAGGGUCUCGACUGGGUUCAGACUGACCUGUGAGGGGGUUACUGGGUUUACACUGUCCAAUAGGAUCUGGUCUUAAAGUCCAAACUGGUCUAACUGGACUCAGACUGGGACCAGAACUCUUCAAAUGAAGAGACUUAGAUGAUGCUGAUUAUAACUGGGCUGUAACUGGGGUCUAACUGGGGUCUAACUGGAGUUUAACUGGAGUUUAACUGGAGUUUAACUGGGGUCUAACUGGGGUCUAACUGGAGUUUAACUGGGGUCUAACUGGGGUCUAAAGAGAGUUUAACUGGAGUGUAACUGGAGUUUAACUGGAGUGUAACUGGAGUUUAACUGGGGUCUAACUGGAGUUUAACUGGGGUCCAACUGGAGUUUAACUGGAGUUUAACUGGGCUGUAACUGGAGUUUAACUGGAGUUUAACUGGAGUUUAACUGGGGUCUAAAGAGAGUCUAACUGGAGUCUAACUGGACUCUAACUGGAGUUUAACUUGAGUUUAACUGGGUCUAACUGGAGUUUAACUGGGCCUAACUGGGGUCUAACUGGAGUUUAACUGGAGUUUAACUGGAGUUUAACUGGGGUCUAAAGAGAGUGUAACUAGAGUUUAACUGGAGUCUAACUGGGUCUAACUGGGGUCUAACUGGGCUGUCUGUGUCUGUUCAGGAUGCGAAGAUCGAACCUGAAGAGUUCACGACUCGACUGCAGGCUGAGCUCAAGUCUUCUCCACAGCCCUACCUCAUCCCCUUCCUAAAGGUACUCUCAAUACUACAACAAUGAGUACUUCUACCUACAGUACUACUCUAAUGGAAGUGUUGGUACUUCUGUAAGAAAGUUACUGGGAUUUUACUGUAAUAUUACAAAGUAUAUAAGAGUAUUUUACUGUAGUAUUACUCUGGUUGUAUACCAGAGUAUUUUACUGUAGUAUUAAAAAGUAUAUAAGAGUAUUUUACUGUAGUAUUAAAAAGUAUAUACCAGUAUUUUACUGUAGUAUUACUCUGAGUGUAUAACAGUAUUUUACUGUAAUAUUACUCUGGUUGUAUAACAGUAUUUAACUGUAGUAUUAAAAAGUAUAUAAGAGUAUUUUACUGUAGUAUUAAAAAGUAUACCAGAGUAUUUUACUGUAGUAUUACUCUGACUGUAUACCAGAGUAUGUUACUGUAGUAUUACUCUGAGUGUAUAACAGUAUUUAACUGUAGUAUUACUCAGAGUAUUUAACUGUAGUAUUAAAAAGUAUACCAGAGUAUUUUAUUGUAGUAUUACUCUGGUUGUAUACCAGAGUAUUUAACUGUAGUAUUAAAAAGUAUACCAGAGUAUUUAACUGUAGUAUUCCUGAUCAGUGGUGUAUCUCCGCCCUCGUCCGCCCGUCUGACGUUCGUUCCUCCUCCACAGAAAAGUCUCCCCGCUCUCCGUCAGUCUCUGCUCAACAGUCAGCAGUCUCUGGUCACCCCAAGCACCUCCACGCCGCCCCUCGCUGCCCCCGGCUCUGUCACAACCACCGCCAUCCGACCACGACUGCCCAUCAGCCCUGCGAGCAGCACGGUCCGACUGAACCCGCCCCUCUCCAACGCUCUGGUAGGACCCUGACUCAGGAAACAGACAGAUGUGUGUUAAUGUGAACCUGAAUGUCACGUUUGUGCGUCUGCAGGCGGUGAACAGAGCAGGUGUUCAGACCGUUCAGACGCGCUCACCUGUCGUCUUCAGCCAGUCGAUAAGACCUCAAGGUGAGUCCAGCAGAGGCCACGCCUCUCAUGGUCGAGUUCCAGUCCAUGAUCAGCAGAAAUAGUCAGAAACACCUGAACCUUCUGUCCUCUGCAGGAACUCUGGUUAGAGGACCUGCAACCGUCAUCGGGAAGAGUCCUGUUAACCUGGCUGCUCAGGCCAAUCAGAAGAAGCUGAGUGAUCCAGGGGGCGGGACAUUCAGGUGAGCUCGAACCUCUCCUUCAGUACGAGAUCAACCUUCAUUACAAAUGAGUGUUUUAUGAACUACAGCGCUCUGGGAGACGUAGAUCUAAGUUUGACUGAAGCAGACUGAGAGUUUAUCAGAGUUUAACUUUUAAAACUCUAGAGAAUAAAAAAAACACAAUUCAACAAACUCUGAAGAUAUAAGAGGGUCUGAAGAUCUGAAGAUCGAAGAUACGUCUGAUACUAACCGAAUAACAGAGAGAGGGUCUGAACUCAGAUAUCCACGUAAACAGAACCCAUGAUUCUGAACAAACCAGCUGACUGUGGACACGUCUGAGAGUCCAAGAGAGUUCAAGAUCUUCAAACCGCGAAUAAACGUCAGCGGAAAAACGCCGAGGACACGAUCUGUGGACACGAUCUGUGGACAAGAUCUGUGGACAAGAUCUGAGGACACGGUCUGAGGACACAAUCUGAGGACAAGAUCUGAGGACACGGUCUGAGGACAAGAUCUGUGGACACGGUCUGAGGACACGGCAACACAAAACAAACAUGUUUAGAUACCUGAGAGGGGGGCGGUCAGCCAGCAGGGGGCAGCACCUGAACACUGAUUAGUUAACAUCAGAGGUGUGUGCGUGCGUGCGUGCGCGCGCGUGUGUGUGUGUGUGUGUGCUGAGGCGUUUGAACACUGUAACGCUCACACGUGUAUUUGACCUUCAGAGACGAUGAUGACAUCAACGAUGUGGCGUCCAUGGCCGGGGUCAACCUGAAUGAGGAGAACGCCCGUAUCCUAGCAACCAGCUCGGAGCUGGUGGGGACAAAGAUCCGGUCCUGUAAGGACGAGUCCUUUCUGCCUACCGGUCUGCUGCACCGCCGCAUCCUGGACACAGGUACGCUCACCUGACACUGUGGGAGGGGCUUAGAGAGACCAGUCACAUCAAUCAAUCAAUCAAUCAAUCAAUGACCCUAUCAGAUCAAGUCUCAACCAAAGUCAUCUGAGGACAUCUUACACUUCUAAAGGUCACAUGACUCAGUAAACCAAUCAAAUAACCUGCCCCCCCCCCCUCAGCUAAGAAGCUGGGCGUGAACGAGGUUCCUCUGGACGUGGUCAACCUGAUCUCUCACGCCACUCAGUCCAGACUGCGCUCGCUGCUGGAGAAGGUUUCAGCCGUCGCUCAGCACCGCGCAGACGGGGGCAAGGUGAGAACGCACGUACACACACACAUGAACGCACACACACACACACACACAGAGCAGCUGACUCUGUGACCUCGGUCAUUUCCUCUUCACUGAUUGGCUGCAGCCUCAGAAAUGUCAGUUUUUACUCCGAUGAUGGAGAUGAAGAUGUUUUCUUCACCUCUCCUGAUUUCUUCUUCUGAAUCUUCCCUCUCUGAUCUCAUCACUCUCUCCUCCUCUCCUGCUCCUCCUCCUCUCUCCUCCUCCUCUCUCCUGCUCCUCCUCCCCCUCUCUCCUCCUCUCCUCCUCUCUCCUCCUCCUCCUCCUCUCUCCUCCCCCUCUCUCCUCCUGCUCCUCCUCCUCAGGAUGAAGAACAUCAGGAGCAGACGUCAGAUGUUCGCUCUCAGCUGCGUUUCUUCGAACAGUUGGAGAGGAUGGAGAAACAGAGGAAAGACGAGCAGGAGAGAGAGAUCCUGCUGAAAGCUGCAAAGGUCUGUCUGUAGAUCCGUCUGUGUCCGUCUGUCUGUCUGUCUGUAGACCCGUCUGUGUCCGUCUGUCUGUCUGUCUGUCUGUAGAUCCGUCUGUCUGUAGAUCCGUCUGUGUCUGUCUGUCUGUAGAUCCGUCUGUGUCUGUCCGUCUGUAGAUCCAUCUGUGUCAGUCUGUCUGUCUGUCU